GUUCUGCUACGUUGUCUUUUCGUUUAGUUAAGUUUUCCACUUUCUUUUUUAAAUGCUUUAAAUGUCCAAACAAAAAGUGCCUUAAAAUAUCAUAUAUUUUUUUUAGUUCUUAUGAAAUAUAAAAAGUCUAACUACCAAUCUAUAAAUACAAGUGCAAUUAGUUUACAAUUUAUAAUUGUAACACCAAAAAUUAUUGUUAAAUAUGGUCACAUUCUCGACAGCAUAGAUUGUGAAGAAUAUUCCAACAACAAACACAAAAACAAAACAACGAUAUCUGUGUGUGCCGAUGAUCACUUGAUGUUGAUGGCAUUUGGUAUGGACAAGCAGGAAAUCAUAGCCAUAAUUUAUUGAUAAAGCAACAGAUAAACUGCGACUGACCGGACAGCAAAAGCGAAGCAAACGACUGUUAAAAGUAGGAAGAUAUUGGGAGUAGAGUGAAAAUGAUAAACUGUUUUAGUUCACUAAGUGUCCCCACUUUGGGGGAAAUGGAGCAAAUCAUAUGCAUGCUGGAGAGAGGUACCAUUGUUACCAAACUCUAUAGUAAGCAACGAAGACCUGAACAGCGAAGAUUGAUGUUGAUAAGGGAAACGCGACAACUACUUUGGUCCCAGGUAACGGCAAAUACCCGCAUUGAAUAUGAAGGAUCGUUGGAGUUGCGAGAGAUCAAAGAGAUUCGUGUGGGCAAGGACUCUAAAGAGUUUAGGAAUUGCGCAGAUGAGGCCAAGCGUUUUGAGUCCGGAAAGUGUUUCGUAGUUUUGCAUGGCAGCUCCUUUAAACUGAAAACCUUCUCCGUUGUUGCCCUCUCGGAACAUGAAGCCGAAAAUUGGGUCAAGGGACUGCGGUAUAUGGUGCAGGACACUAUAAAUGCUUCGUACCCAUUGCAAGUGGAACGCUGGCUACGUCGCGAGUAUUAUGCCAUAGAAAAUUCUAGCACUCAAUCGUCCAAAGACGGUGGUCAAGUGACCGUUAAAGACUUUAAGACAUUCCUCGGCAGUAUUAGUUGUAAAAUGACAACAUCCAAGUUAAUGGACUGUUUUACGGAGGAAGAUGUACGGAGAAAAAAUGAUCUACGCUUUGAUGACUUUGCACGUCUCUAUAGGAAACUGUUGCAGCCGGCAGGAUUUCUUGAAGAUCUCUUUCAUAGCUUACCAGGUGGAGAAUUUGCCUAUUCGAAAGAUGGACAAAAUGUAACAUUGCGGGAAUUUGAACAUUUCCUGCAGACGGAACAGCGCGAGGCGAUGGGCAGAGAUAGCACUGCAGUUUCCAAUUUUAUACGUGAAUUCUUGCAGGAUAUUGAACGUGAGGUCCACGAUCCAUACUUCACAGUGAGCGAAUUUGUCGACUACCUUUUCUCGAAGCACAAUGAUUUGUGGGAUAACGACUGUGAUCGUGUCUACAUGGAUAUGAAACAACCAUUAUCCAAUUACUGGAUUGCCUCUUCCCACAAUACGUAUCUUACUGGCGAUCAAUUUUCAUCGGAGUCUUCAUGUGAAGCCUACGCUAGAGCUUUACGCAUGGGUUGCCGUUGUAUUGAGCUUGAUUGUUGGAAUGGUCCGGAUAAUUUGCCUCAUAUAUUUCAUGGCCAUACCAUGACAUCGAAGAUUAAAUUCAAAGAUGUUAUUAAGACAAUCAAGGAGCAUGCCUUUGUAACAUCGGAGUUCCCGGUCAUAUUGUCAAUAGAGCAAAAUUGUUCACUGGAACAACAACGUAAUAUGGCCCAUGCAUUAUGUGAAGUAUUUGGCGAUAUGCUGUUAACGCAACGCAUUGAUCGGACGGAAACACAACUGCCUUCACCGUACCAGCUGAGGAGGAAGAUUAUAUUAAAACAUAAGAAAUUGCCCGAGUUCGAAGAUGCUUCAGCCUCUUCCUUGACUUCGAAUGCUUCGUCGAAUUCAUCAAAUCUCUUAACGUCUUCCGGCAGCCGAGGUUCUAUUUCUGGUCCAGAUGACCAGGGUGAUGGUGUAAGAAAUGUCCUAAAGGAAGGUCUUUUGUAUUACAAAGAUCCGGUUGACAAGAUUUGGAAUAAUUAUCAUUUUGUUUUGACCCAGCAAGAGCUUAUCUAUUCAUCGCAGACUGAAGAUACAAAUUCCGCGGGUGGUGAUGAUGAUGACAAUAUUGUUGCUCCGUCUUCCACAAACACAUUGAUGCCAAAGGCCAAGGAUAAUUUGAUGAAUGAUGAGUUGCAUUUUGGUGAAAAUUGGUUCCACGGCAAACUUGAAGGUGGCCGCAGCGAAGCUGAUCAGCUAUUGGAAGCUUACAAGCACCUAGGCGAUGGCACAUUUUUGGUUCGUGAGUCGGCGACUUUUGUUGGUGACUACAGCCUUUCGUUUUGGAGGCGUGGCCCUAACCAUUGUCGCAUUAAGCUUAAACAUGAAAAUGGAACUACCAAAUAUUAUUUGGUAGAUAAUUUUGUUUUUGAUUCGCUGUACUCCUUGAUUGUGUACUAUAGAAAGAAUAUGUUGCGAAGUGCGGAAUUUUCCAUAACACUAAAGGAGCCUGUACCACAACCUAAGAAACACGAGUCACAAGAAUGGUUCCAUCCUCAUACAACCAAGGAGCAAGCCGAGCAGGUUUUAAUUAAGCUGGAAGUGGGCUCGUUCUUGGUCCGACCUUCGGUACAAAGUGCCAAUGCAUUUGUUAUAUCGUUCACCAUAAAUCGUAAGAUAAAACAUUGCCGUAUAAUGCAAGAGGGUCGACUUUUCGUGGUAGACACCAAUCAAUUUGAAUCGUUGGUAUCCUUGGUAAAGCAUUACAUGCGUAAUCCGUUGUAUCGCAAUGUAAAACUAGUCCAUCCGGUAUCUCAAGAGCUUUUGAAGCAGAAACUUUUGGCUUGUCAAGCAUCUUUGGACCACCACGGCAAUGGGGACUUUAAUGAUGCAUCGAGUUAUAUGGAUGCAUGCAGCCUUGAGGAUACUGUCACUUGUAAGGCCCUAUACAGCUAUAAAGCAGACAAAGCAGAUGAAUUGUCUUUUCCCAAACAUGCCAUCAUUACAAACGUCCAGAGGAACAGUUCAAUGUGGUGGAAGGGCGAUUAUGGUGGUCUAAAACAACGCCAUUUCCCAGCGAACUACGUCAAGGUCAUCGAUUCAAGCUCCGACGAUUACAAUACAUUCAAUGAUGAAUCGAACAAUGAACAGUUUUCGCGCACAGACUCCAUUGAGAUCCAUGGUGCUGUGGCCUCGUUGUUCGAGUCAAAUGAACCUGGCAUCUUGUUGAAGCUCCAAAUUCAAACGCCAACAAUGCAAAACUCAUUUGUAAUUGGUUUCGAUAAUCAGGAACAGGCUUAUGAGUGGUUCAAAGCAAUUCAAGAGGCAGCCCUAAUCGCCAAUCAAUUAGCAACGGAGAGAAGAAAAAAGGAACGUUCGGCUCGUGUUGCCAAAGAAAUGUCCGACUUGAUUAUCUACUUCCGCAGUGUACCGUUUCGAGAACAUUCCUGGGUCUUUUACGAAAUGUCCAGCUUUCCCGAAACAAAGGCUGAAAAACAAUUUGUACAACAGAAUACAUUGCUUUUUGUCGCCUAUCACCGCCAUCAGAUAAGCCGUGUCUAUCCUAAAGGUCAACGCUUGGACUCGUCAAAUUUUAAUCCGGUGCCUUUUUGGAAUGUUGGCUCCCAGAUGAUAGCACUAAACUAUCAAACUGGUGACAAGGCCAUGCAGUUAAAUCAGGCUAAAUUUCGUGAUAAUGGUUUGUGUGGCUACCUUCUGAAACCAAAGUUUAUGCAGCUGGAGGGAUUCGACCCCAACAAUCCCCUAACCAUUAGUCCUCUGGAGGAGAAACUAGUCACAAUUCGCAUAAUUGCAGCCAGGCAUCUAUUUCGUGCAGGAAAAUGUAGCAAUCCUUUGGUUGUUGUCGAAAUUGCAGGAGCCAGCUUCGAUACGGGCGUCAAACAUCGCACAAAAGUCUGUGAGAAUGGUUUCAAUCCAGUCUGGAAUGAAAUGUGUGAAUUUUCUGUUAAAAAUCCACAUUUUGCCCUGCUGCGAUUCGAGGUGCAGGACGAAGAUAUGUUUGCCGAAACCCAUUUCAUUGCACAGGCUUGUUAUCCCCUUAACUGCAUAAGAACCGGUUAUCGCAGUGUCACUUUGCGCAACAAAUUCAGUGAGGAAUUGGAAUUAGCUUCAUUGCUUAUACAUGUCGAUAUUAAACAAGCAUCGGCAACGGAAACCCACGCUGUUCUUGGAUUCUAAACCACCUAUGUAAUUCGAUCAAAGCAUUUAAACAAAACAAACGAACGAACAAUAUCAUCUAGCACAAAUAUUUUAUAAUCAUGCAUCGUUUGCGUCUAGUUUCUAACCUUUUCGUUUUGUAAGAAAUUAACUUGAAAGACUUAUAAUUUUACUUUUUAUUUUAAUUCAAAGUACUUGCUUUAGAUUGGCUUGUACAUUUUUGAAAUAUUAUUCCUCGGUAUUUUGCAAUUUUAGAUAAAUUUUGUUUUAUUAUUUUUUCGUUCAUCUUCCUCAAAAUGCUUCCAAAGUUAUGUCACAAAAACUGAAAACUAUUUACAUGUUGUAUGUAUUAACAACCUAACUUAUAUAUAUAUAUACAUUCGUAUUGAAAAGAUUUACAAUAUUUUAUUACAAAAAAUAUACACAUAUCUAUUAUCCAUUUAUUAUUGAGAUGUGAUUUUCAUAUACAUAUUCAUAAAUGUUAAUAAAUUGUAUUUUAUAUAAUCGCUAA